UAACAAGCGACUGUCUUCGGUUUGUGUAUCGGCUGCUCAGCUAACAGCUGCACCAAUUGUGUUUUGGUUUUGUUUUGCCUCCCAUGUGCAGUUAUCAUGAGCUCUGGAGGUGAUUCUCUGCCUUGAAGGUGCAUCUCACUGAAUGACAGCUGGACUUUUAGAUGUAGCUUUUAGCCUGCUCCAGGUGUUUUUACACCGUGUAUAUAUGUUCUCAGUAACAUAUCAGUAUAAAUACAAAUGAUAGAAAUGGAUUUAAGAGGCUGCAGCUAGCCAUAAAAGUUCCUGGACUCUAAUCAGACAAUAUGAUUGUAUCCCUCACUAAGCUGCAACAAUGACUUGAUUCAUUUGAAGAAUACUGUUUAAAAACAGUACUUUAACUCGAUUUCCUAAGAAAUCAGUGUGUGUGGCAGCUGCAGUCAAAUCCUAAUUAUCUGAUACUGUAUACUGAAAAGUUGUAAUGUCUUCAGCAGUAGGUUCAGUUACACCUUGAACUUGGGUUAAUGGGGCAGCAGCUGCCAGUAUCAGAAUUGGCCCGUCAGUCAGUUCUGCUGUAAAUCAGGUCUGACCCAUGACUGAGUACUACGAGGAGGGGGGGCUGCUUUAUGAGCAAUCACCUCCCAUGCACAUCAAAGUGGAGUCUCCGGAGGGACCGUUUGGAGGGGGAGCCUCAGAAAACGGCUUCCCCAGGGAGGAUGAUGAUUCGGAGGGCAGCUGUGACCAGAGCAGUGGAUUACCUGGGGGACUGCCCUUCAACGUGGUCGUGGUGCAUCCGAACAUCAUGGCACCUGGCAUGUCCUCAGAUGACCUCUUGUCCAUUGAACAAAACAGAGCUAUGUCAGCUGCACUGGCUGCUGGCGGUGCAGGAAAAAGAAAGAGUCGUUUCAGCGGCGCAGAGCUGGAGGUGUUGGUUUCAGAAGUCACUCGAUGUGAAGGAGAGCUCUUUGGUCCUGCGGGGAGGCUCCGUCGACGGGAGAGAGAGCGCAUCUGGGCAGGAAUCCUAGAGAGAGUCAACGCAGUGUCCAGAGUCCCACGCACACUUCGAGAGGUGAAGAAGCGCUGGGACGACCUGAAGAGACGCAACGGAGGCAGGCUAGCGGAUGCUCGUCACCGCAGCUGUUACCUGCCAUCCAGCAGAGGAGCCUCCAUGCUUGGCCGUCCAUCCCAGACUAGCCCCAGGCUUCAACAAGCCAGGCAAAAGCAAAGCACCAGACCAAAGCCCAGUUUCCCAUGCUUCCCUGACUCUGAUACAGGUGUAGGAGUGGAAGGAUCAGAGAGAGAUGUUUUGGAGAAAGAUGAGGACAAUCCUGAACGUGACAGAGAGAUGGGAGAAUCUGAGUGUGAACCAGUAGAGAACAGCAUGGAAGACAAAUUAGGAUUAGGACUGGGUUUGGGCAUAGGACCCCCACCUCCAUCAGAACGAUGGCUGCCUCCUUCCCCCCUCUACAGUGCUCCUUUCCUCAAUGGCAGCCCUCAGCCCAGUAGUCCUCAGCCUUCACUUGGAGCACAGCAGGGUCCUCUUGAAGCCCCUCCGCGCAGUUCCUGGCUUGAAGAUGAGCUACGAGGGUUAGGGGAAGCUGCAAUUCAACUGGGAAAUCGGGUAGAAAAGAGUCUGCUGGAGUUUGGGGAAGGUUUCAGACAGGACAUGAGAACACUUGUCGCUUCGCAGGAGACUUUAGCAGUCAGUCUACAACAAAACAAUGUCCUCUUGCAAAGGCUUUUAGGAGUGCUUGAGGCCCAGCAGCAACCACAGCCACAGCAACAUCGUGUACAGCAAGCACACACAUCGCAAACAUCUCAACAGCACUUGCAGCCACAGUCAGCUCAGCAGCAGCUACAACACACAGAACCACUGCAGCAGCAACAACAGCGGAUCGAAGCACCACUGCAAAUACAACUACAACAUCAGCAGCAGCCACAUGUAGUACAACAACAAACGCAAAUACAGCCGCAGCCAGUCACCCAGCAUUCAAAUAAUCAGACAGCUGUGGUGGUGGUUCCUGCACAAUCGUCCCCUGACGUACAUGACACUUUUCCCUCUGAUCCACCCACAAAUACAAAUGGAAAUGUGCAGAGGCCACGGCGAGGAAGAGCUGUUGAUCACAGGCGCAGAAGACGGCGCUGAGGAGAAAGCACUUAGAAACUCAAAGUGCACAUCAUGCACAUUUGGCGUGUCAAAAUGGGACAAGAAAUUAUGCUCUUUUUCUAUUGACCGUAUUUCUGUAAAAAUAUAAUGUUAUUUGGAGUUUGACGUUCCACUUCAAAUCAGAAAUCCAUCUUGCACUUAAGUUUGUCUUCAGAGAGGACUGAAGCAGAUAAGACGAUUAGACUCAUGAGAUAAUAGGGUGGCCUUAACAUUAGCUUGGUUCUUCAGACAUGCGCUAAAAGAAUUCCCAAAAAACAGUAGCUCUUUGGAGUUCAUAGGACUGAAUAGCCAGACAACAACAUACUGUCAGUGCGGAUGUUUAAUAUGCAUGACACUGUACAUGCUUUGCAGCCGAGCUGUCUUAAUUCUCCUGGUACACUAACUACAUAAAGUACUUGUAAUCUGCAGUUGUUACCAUAUAUGGUAGUUAUACAGCUAUUGUACUUAUCUGCUAAUGUAUGCUUGUGCUUUUUAACAGUUUCGUGGAAAAGUAUGUCUUUUCCAGCUUUGUUUGGACAAUAAAGUUAGACAGUGUUCUGUUCAGUACGUUUUGA